GGAACCUAAAAACUGACAGGCUAGUCAAUGUGUCAAGAAUUCUCCCCUCUCGGUCCCUGGGGAUUCGCCUAGAGACGGAUUCAAGGGGUCUGAUACUUUUCUCCACCCUGAUCCUCUCAUCACCCAUUCUUACUCCCCAACGCCCACUCUUGUCAGACAAAGGAUCUAAUCAGACCCACGCCCGAGGCAAUGGUUCGUACAAAACGCCUCAUCGCUCUUUACUCUUUCUCUAGGCUUCCAGCAGCGAUAAACUGCCUGCUAGCAAAGCAUCUCCGAUGACUUUGGGAUAGUACGGUUAAUGGACAUAAAUUCUCCAUUAAAAACAUCGAUAAGCCAUUGGAUCCUAUAGCACUCGCCGAUCAGAUACGUGAACUACAGGAACAUUAUUGGCUGGGGCGAGGAGAGAGAAGAAAGAUGUCCUUAAAUCCAGCCAAUUAAUGUAACUUUCCUAUCCAGUAAGUUCACGUUGCCGAUCGCUGGUUCGGGAGGAUGCAGACACUGCACUGCAUUUAGUACUGUCGGUCGGAUGUAAAGGGCACCGCAUGGUAGGUUGUGAUCGGUUACACAGGGAGGAAGCGAUGCGGAGUGACUCCACCGAGCGCAGUGGCGUGACUCCGGAUUCCGACAAGAUCUUGCUGGUCUCGGCGCUGGGCUGGGCUGCUUGUAGCGAGCAGCGUGAGCCAGCAGGACUGUAAUAUGGAUUUAGAACUCAAAGACUAUAACACAACGCUUACUCAGGAGAACAGCUCUGCUACUAUCAAGAGUUCUGAUUUUUCUGCCUGGGAGGACUAUAAGAGCAGUGUAGAUGACUUACAGUACUUUCUGAUUGGGCUGUAUACAUUUAUAAGUCUUGCUGGAUUCAUAGGAAAUCUACUUAUAUUGAUGGCUCUAAUGAAACACAAGCAGAACACAAUAAUAAACAUUCUCAUUGGAAACUUAGCCUUUUCUGACAUUUUAGUUGUACUGUUUUGUUCGCCUUUUACAUUAACAUCUGUCCUGCUUGAUCAGUGGAUGUUUGGAGCAAUCAUGUGCCAUGUUAUGCCCUUUCUCCAAUGCGUGUCAGUUCUGGUUUCAACUUUAAUGUUAAUAUCCAUUGCUAUUGUCAGAUACCGCAUGAUAAAAAAUCCCCUUUCUAGCAAUUUAACAUCAAAACAUGGCUAUUUCUUAAUAGCAGCUAUCUGGGCUUUUGGUUGUACAAUUUGCUCCCCUCUGCCAGUUUUCCACAAAAUUGUAGAUCUCCAUGAAACCCUUAAUUUAGAGGCACUGAACAGCAGACAUUUUUGCAUCGAAUCAUGGCCAUCUGAUUCAUAUAGAAUUGCCUUUACGAUUUCUUUAUUACUCAUGCAGUAUAUAUUGCCUUUGGUUUGUUUAACUAUAAGUCAUACCAGCGUCUGCAGGAGCGUAAAUUCCAGAUUGUCAAACAAGGAAAGCAAAUUUGAAGAAAAUGAGAUGAUAAACCUGACAAUUCAUCCACCCAAGAGUUGCAGGUCUCAGGUGCAACUCUCCAGCAGUUCUAGAUGGAGCUGUACAUGUGUCAGACAACACAGAAAAAGGUAUAGUAAAAAGACUGCAAGUGUGAUGCCAGCUAUUGUACGGAAUCAUCAGAAUAAUUCUGGAAAACUCCCAGAAACCUCAAGUACAGAGAAAAGCCAGCUCUCUUCAUCAAGUAAGUUCAUUCCAGGGGUGCCAAUCUGCUUUGAGAUGAAACCAGAAGAAAAUUCAGAGAUGCAAGACAUGAUCACAGUAUCCCGAUCCAUGACUCGAGUUAAGACAAGAUCUCGGAGGGCUUUCUGCAGACUGACACUGCUGAUUUUAGUUUUUGCUGUCAGUUGGAUGCCUCUUCAUCUUUUUCACGUUGUUACUGAUUUUAAUGCCAAUCUGAUUUCUAAUAGGCAUUUUAAAUUAGUAUACUGCAUAUGUCACUUACUGGGUAUGAUGUCCUGUUGCCUGAAUCCCAUCUUAUAUGGGUUCCUUAACAAUGGCAUAAAAGCUGAUUUGAUGUCUCUUAUUCCAUGCUAUCAAAUAUCAUGAUUUUAAAGCCUCAACAUUAAAAUAUAAAACAAUGUUAUGUCUAUAAGCAUACAGAAGUAUACAAGACUUUAUUCAGUUUUAGGUGUGAAUCAAUUGUGGCUAGCAAUGAUUAGUAGCUAUAAGUGUGAAUGGUUAAUUCUAGGUCUGAAUGGUUUAUACAUGCCUCUUGUGUACACAGAAAUACACAGGUAGAUUAUAAUUGUCUUUUGUUUACCUAUUAUAUGGAAGAAAUCAUGUUUACUGUACAAAACUAUAAUAUCAUUUUAAUAGUUCAAUGAAAUGUUUCAGCUGUAUAUUGUAAAUAUCUCAACUGUGAAUUCACAAUUCAUGUAAGAAAUUAGUCUAGCCAUCUCUCAUGAAGCUAUAGUAAGCAAUUAUUGCUAAAUAUCAUUUAAAAUGAAUCAGACUAUUUUAACCAAUUAAAAUAAAUUUUUAUUGCUUGAUGUGAUUAGAACAAAUUUAUAUUUUUCUUUGCUAUCGAUACGCCCAGUCCAGAUAACACCUCUCUAUUAUAUUUGCCAGAUACUAACACUUUUUUGGCCACUUCUUUACAGAUGGUCUUGUUCACUUGGAUGACUGUGUGGAUAACCACUGUAUUAUAAAUUGUUUUCAUACUUCUGGAUUUAGUUAGCAUAAUUUACCCUUUUUCUGAUAAUUUUAUGGUGUCCUGUCAUUUCAUAUGAUUUUCAACUUGACCUGAACAUAGAUAGAAUGUCUGUCCUUACUUUCAUGACUUCCCUCCAAUAACAGUAUGUUCUGAAUCAGAAUUAAGUCUGUCCACUAAUCCCUGAGGCUACGUCUGCACAGCAUCAUUAUUUUGAAAUAACAGACAUUAUUUCAAAAUAACAAA